UGGAGACCCAGUGUUGCCCAGUGUCGACGGAGAGGAAGGCAACUGCAAAAUAAUUUAAGGAGGUUUAUUCCGAGCCAAACUUAAGGACCAUGACCCCGAGCCACGCCCGAGGAGCCUUGAGCAAGUUGGCUGGCUGUGUCUGGGUCACACUUUGGUUUUCUGCAUUUCAGGGAGCAGGGAUUACAGGUGAAGGCGUAAAUCAGCACACGGAAGGCUGCAUUGGUUUGGCCCGAAAAGGUAUAUCUCUAUGAAUAACUUAAACGAUCCUCCAAAUUGGAAUAUCCGACCUAAUUCCGGGGCUGAUGGCAGUGAUGGAAGCAGAUGGAAUUAUGCCCUGUUGGUUCCAAUGCUGGGAUUGGCGGCUUUUCGUUGGAUUUGGUCUAGGGAGUCCAAGAAAGAAAUAGAAAAAGAGAGAGAAGCGUACCAUCAGAGAACUGCUGCUUUCCAGCGGGAUCUCGAAGCCAAGUACCAUGCUGUGAUCUCAGAAAAUCGGCGUGCUGUUGCUCAGUUGUCUCUGGAACUUGAAAAGGAACAAAACAGAACGGCCAGUUAUCGGGAAGCCCUUAUCUCGCAGGGGCGCAAGUUGGUAGAAGAAAAGAAGCUUCUGGAACAGGAACGGGCCCAGGUGAUGCAAGAGAAAAGGCAGUGGCAGCCUUUGAGAGCUGCGUAUCUGAGCUGCCUGGAGAGGGAGGAAGACUGGCAAAGGAGAGCCAAGCUUCUGCUGAGCGAGUUUGGAGACGCCCUCGUAGAGAGGCAGAGCAUCUACUGCAGCCUGUUCCUCCCUCGCAAGAGGCGGCUGGACUUGGAGAAGAGCCUGCUGGCGCGGGCGUCCGCUGACCCAGUUGCCGCUGACCUGGAGAUGGCAGCUGGUCUAAUUGACAUAUUUGAGCAUGAUACAUAUUGUGGUGAUGUCUGGAAUACCAACAAAUGCCAAAAUGGGAAACUCAUGUGGCUGUACCUCAAAUAUUGGGAACUCAUUGUCGAACUGAAAAAGUUCAAGGGAGUAGAGAAAGCCAUACUCGAAAAGUAAGACAAGAGUGAGGUGAAACGUCUUUCGUGACUCAAGCCAGCUGUCGUUGUGCAUCCGGUGUUUUCUGUUCAGUGCUCCCUGUGUUGUGACCUCCACCCCUGCCACCCUCCGUGAGCAGAGGCAGAGAAAGGCCUCAGAGACGGAAGGUUUCCUCCUCCAUCCUCUGCAGCUGUACAGAGAGUUUCCCUGAAGCGUUUGUUAAGCUACUGGUAUUUUAUUAAGCAGUGUAGUAUAAUCUCAUAUUUUAGCUCUAGGGUAAAAACGGGUUUUUUAAAAAGUCAAAUACAAGGCCUGAUGAGGUGGCUCACACCUGUAAUCCUAGCACUCUGGGAGGCCAAGG